CAGACGCACAUUCUCCCCAACCCAAGCCCAUAUAUAUACCACCAUCGCCUCCCUAGUCCCUCCUCCUCGCCAUUCGUACUCCACCAAAAACCCUUCAUCAUCACCAACUCAUUCCUCAUCCACAACCAAGUCCACAACGCUUUCCCUUCAUCGCUAGCUGCUUGUUCAUGGGUCGCCUCUGCAGCUGGCGAACGAGAAGCAGGAAGCCGGUUCUUCUGCUCUCCCUGCUAGCGCUUCUCCUCCUCGUCCUGCCGAGCUGCGAGGCCACGAGAGGCAUGCAGCCCUUCAGGGGGAGGCCGGUUGAGCGAGGAGGAGCCAACCAUUUCCUCGGGUUCUUGCCGAGGGGCCAGAUGCCGCCGUCCGGCCCGUCGCGGCAGCACAACUCCGUCGGCCUCGAGAGCCAGCUGGAGAACAAGCCAUGAAGAUACCUUCUAAAUUUAGAUGUAUGUGCAGAGUAGAAAUAUAGACAUAGAUCAUAUAUAGAUACACUUAUGGUUAGUUUGAUUGUAGAUUAAUUUGGUGUAUGGAGAAGUGGUUAGUGACAUUGAUCACUGUGGAGGAGUAGGUUGGUGUGUGCAACAACUAUUCUUGGAGAGUUUCCUUGGUUUCUUACUUUUGGUGCAGAGUUGGUUGAUGCUCUUCGUUCCUUUUGUAAACGCAAUCUCUUUUUCCCUUUGGUAAAGCUAAAGGAUGAUACAUGCA